ACUGACGGUACUGAUUCAGUACCUGUAGUAACACAGGCAGGUUAUAAACGCCAGUCUCGUUGUGGUUAUUAAAGAAUAUUAAAAUUGAAGUUGAAACUGAUAUUAAAACAGUAAAUAUUUGGUCUGUAGUGAAUUUUGGUGUGUUUAUUAAAUAAACGAUUUUCGUUAAAAGAAAUUUAACGUCAUACAUGGAGACUCAUACAGAUAACUGCAUUUUUUGCAACAUCAUAAAUAACAAAGCACCAUGCGAGAAAAUAUACGAGGAUGAUCAAGUGAUGUGCAUCAAGGAUAUUAAUCCAGCUUCAACAUAUCAUUAUCUAAUAUUACCAAAGAGACACAUACGUAAUGCCAAAGAACUUAAAUCGGAUGAUGCUGAACUUUAUGAGAAAAUGAUCUCUACAAUGGAUACAAUUUUAAAAGAACAAGGUUUAAACAAACAAUCUACACGCGCGGGCUUUCAUUGGCCACCAUUUAACACAGUACAUCAUUUGCAUUUACAUGUUAUUUCUCCUAUCUGUGAUAUGAGCUUUAAAAACCGAAUUCUAUUUGCAUACAACUCCUACUGGUUUGUAAAUACAGACUACGUAAAAUCUUACCUUGAAGGUCGUAAGUAAUGACGUGGUCAAGCUCAAAGGUAGGAUACGUACCUUUAAUGUCUUCUUUGCUGAAAGAUAAAACUUUGAAUCUAUCUAUAAAUAGGAUUUGUCUUCCCUAAAAGCAAUUGUUUUAUUGUGGUAUUUAAAUGCUGUGGUACAUCUUUUAUGCAUUUUAGAUUUGCG